AUGCCACGCUCCUUCCUGGUGAAGAGCAAGAAAGCUCACACCUACCACCAGCCCUGUGUGCAAGAGGACGACGUGGUCUGGCCUCCUGCCUUCACGCCUGUGGCCAGGGACCAGGUCCUGAGCAACAGCCCUGUCCUCAGCACGUUGUUCCCAAACCAGUGCCUGGACUGGACAGAUCUCAAGCGGGAGCCAGAGUUGGAGCCGGACCAGAGCUUGACCAGGAUGACCUCAGCACCAAAGGACCCCAUUGUGAUGUCCCGACCCCAAUAUGGUGAAUCCGACUCACCCCCGUUCUAUAAGCCCAGCUUCUCCUGGGAUGCCCUGGCCUCAUCCUACAGCCACAGCUACCGUCAGGCCCCCUCCACCAUGCAGUCCGCCUUCCUGGAGCGCUCCGUCAGCCUGUAUGGCAGCCCUCUGGUGCCCAGCACCGAGCCCCCCUUGGGCUUCAGCCUCCGCUACUCCCCAGGCGUGGACGCAUACCACUGUGUCAAGUGCAGCAAGGUGUUCUCCACUCCACAUGGGCUCGAAGUGCAUGUCCGACGCUCCCACAGCGGGACUCGGCCCUUUGCCUGUGACGUCUGCGGCAAAACCUUCGGCCACGCCGUCAGCCUGGAACAGCACACACACGUCCACUCCCAGGGGAUCCCAGCCAGGUCCAGUCCUGCGCCCAGCUUGGCAGUCCCAGGUCGCGAGUCCCCGCCUGCACCUGACCCCCCGGGGCCUCGUUUCCUCCGGCAGGAGCGCAGCUUUGAGUGCCGGAUGUGUGGCAAAGCCUUCAAGCGCUCGUCCACCCUGUCCACCCACCUGCUCAUCCACUCGGACACACGGCCCUACCCCUGCCAGUUCUGCGGCAAGCGCUUCCACCAGAAGUCAGACAUGAAGAAGCACACGUACAUCCACACUGGUGAGAAGCCCCACAAGUGCCAGGUGUGUGGGAAGGCCUUCAGCCAGAGCUCCAACCUCAUCACCCACAGCCGCAAGCACACAGGCUUCAAGCCCUUCAGCUGUGAGCUGUGUGCCAAGGGCUUCCAGCGCAAGGUGGACUUGCGGCGGCACCGGGAGAGCCAGCACAGUCUCAAGUGA